GAUUCUUAGUUAUUUUUAUAAACAAUAUUUGAAUUCUUAAUAAAUGAGUCCUUAACAAAAACAAAGAAAAAGUGAGAGCGAGGGGUAGAGUGAGUUAGGAAAAUGGAGGAGGAGAAGAAUUCAGGCGAACAAGAUGGAAGAGCAGCUAUUAUACUCCUCGAUCGCGCAUCUCGAGCCACCAGGGGCAAACGUCUCUCCAAGCUUCUCGACGACGAAAUCCAACAAGACGAAUUGUUCUGGAGCCAAGAUGCUCUCAAAGAAGAAGACGAAGAUGAUAACUAUCAAGAGGAGGCUGAAAUCGCCGACGAAUUCGACUCCGACUUCGACCAAGACGAGCCUGAACCUGAUGAAGAACAACCUCAAAACGACGCAGAUGAAAGAACGAACAAAAAGAAGCGGCUGAUAGUUCCUGGGAAAAUGUUGGCUAAGAAGAAGAAAAAGAAGAAAAUCUUAUCUAAUUUGGAUAAUUCUCCCAAUGAUGAUAAUGACAACAAACCUAAUGUUGCUGAGGAACACCACGAAGAUGCAAAGGAGGUAAUGAUUAGGAAGUCUACCAGAACUUCCGUCAUUGUUCGCCAAGCUGAAAGAGAUGCCAUUCGCGCUGCACUUCAAGCAACCAUCAAGCCAGUCAAAAGAAAGAAAGAAGGUGAGGAGAAGAAAAUGACACAAGAGGAGAUGCUUUUAGAAGCUGCUCAAACAGAAAUUAUGAACUUGCGGAAUUUGGAGCGAGUUUUAGCUAGAGAGGAAGAAGUUAAGAGAAGAGCAAUUGUGCAUAAAACUGUCUUUAAUGGUCCCCAGAUACACUACAUUUCACAAAAUGGUUGUUCGUAUUUGGAGUUUACUAAAGGGGCGUCAUUUCACUCAGAAAUUGCCACAACGUCUCAAAAAUAUCCAGAACAACCUGUUUGCGUGAUUACUGGUUUGCCUGCCAAGUACCGUGAUCCAAAGACCGGGCUGCCAUACGCCACCAAAGAAGCUUUUAAAAUAAUUCGACAACGCUUGCUGGAUGAAAGUGCCAACUCUAGAAAAGAGACAAGUAUGGGAGGCUUAUAUGAUUCAGUUUCCGGAUGUGGGUUUCCAACCAAGGGAAAGAGAUCGAUAAUGCCAGAUAAAAAUAUGCAUCCACACGAUCGGUCCUUGGCCCGUUUUCGUAGAAUACCUACUUUUGAGGAUGAAGAUUCUGACUAACUGCAUUGGCAUUUUUUUCUUUCUCUUUUAAGUUAGAUUUUUUUUUUAUUGUUCGCCUUCAUGUAAUUCUUGUAAUGAUGAUGCAUGAUCUUAAUUUCAGUGCCAAAUCAUGAAAGAAGUCAUGGCUGUGAUAUGUCGUGAUCUGGACCUCAGGUUGGUAUAUAAUAAUAGAAAUCGAGUAUUUGAGAAUUGAGUCCCGUUUCAGUGUUGGUGGUAUGUUUUUGUAGAAAUUGAUCCUGGUAAUUUUUUA